AUGGACGAAGAUCUCGAAAUCAUCUAUUUAGAUUAAGAAAGUGGUUAAUUGGAUUCAUUAAAAUAUUAUUUUAGCUCUUAAUCAAUGUAUUCAUAAAAAUAAUAAAAUACUACAUAUUUUAUUUUACCUUUAGAAUAAACUUCAGAUUAUAAUUGCUAAAAAUCAUGUUAAGCCAAUGAAAUAGAAAACCAGCUAUAAAAGAAUAAAGGAGGUAAUUGCAUAGGAGGGUUCAUUCACUGUAACUACAAAGGAUAAGCUGAAAAGUUUAAAUCUGAAAUAUUAGAAUUGAUUAAAAACUCUAUUUAUUUCAAAAUAGGAGAGUUUGAAGAAGGUUUUUCAAAUGUUCUAAGUACAUUCAAAACAAGAUUGUUUUCAUUAGACAUAAUUUACGAUACAAGUUAUUCUGUUUCUCUAAAUAAAGAAAGCAGCAGGAUUUAAAUUUCAUUGAAUUUAUUUAUGAAAAUUGAGCAAAAAAUUUAUUUGUCAAAAUCUAUAAUCCCUUCAUUAUUAAAUAACAUAUGGGGAAUUAAAAACAAAGGUUCAAACAAAUAUCGAGAAGUUGAUUAUAAAGUGGAUUUUUCAAAGGAAACUCCGAACUAUUAUUUGUUAAAAGAAAAUUCUGUCUUUGAUAUACAAGAGCUUAUAUUAAGUGAUUCAUAGAAUAGUUUUGAAUUAAUAACCUCAAACGUUACAGAAAAAUAUCCUAUUCUAAUAUUAGAUAACAUAUUAAUGAAUUAAAAAAUGCAUUUCUUUAAGAUAAUUGACUUAUUUUGA